GUGCGGAGGGGAGGGCGUGAGGAGUAGCAGAACGUGUCUCUCUCUGCCUCUUACCCAGAGCACCUCGCAGGGGCUUAGCGGACGUGAGGCGUGCGAAUGGGCAGAGCAGAAUCUCUAGAAGGGAAAAUGAGCACCCAGGAUCCUUCAGAUCUGUGGAGCAGGUCGGACGGAGAAGCUGAGCUGCUCCAGGACUUGGGGUGGUACCAUGGUAACCUCACCCGCCAUGCAGCCGAGGCUCUUCUCCUCUCCAAUGGAUGCGACGGGAGCUACCUUCUGCGAGACAGCAAUGAAAGGACCGGGCUGUACUCUCUCUCUGUGAGAGCCAAAGACUCUGUCAAACACUUUCACGUUGAAUAUACUGGAUAUUCAUUUAAAUUUGGCUUUAAUGAAUUCUCAUCUUUGAAGGAUUUUGUCAAGCAUUUUGCAAAUCAGCCUUUGAUUGGAAGUGAGACAGGCACUCUGAUUGUUCUGAAACAUCCCUAUCCAAGAAAAGUGGAAGAACCAUCCAUUUAUGAAUCCGUCCGGGUUCACACAGCAAUGCAGACAGGAAGAACAGAAAACGACCUCGUGCCCACUGCCCCUUCUCUGGGCACCAAAGAAGGUUACCUCACCAAACAGGGGGGGCUCGUCAAGACCUGGAAAAUGAGGUGGUUCACUUUGCACAGGAAUGAACUGAAAUACUUCAAAGACCAGAUGUCACCAGAACCAAUUCGGAGCCUAGAUUUAACAGAAUGUUCGGCUGUACAAUUUGAUUAUUCACAGGAAAGGGUGAACUGUUUUUGCUUAGUAUUUCCAUUCAGGACAUUUUAUCUCUGUGCAAAGACAGGAGUAGAAGCUGAUGAGUGGAUCAAGAUAUUACGCUGGAAAUUGUCUCAAAUAAGAAAACAGCUUGAUCACGGGGAAGGCACAAUCCGAUCUCGGUCAUUCAUCUUUAAAUAGACAGACCUUCCUCAAUGAGGAGGGUCCUCCUGACCCAGGAGCAGGGUGGAACGUUCCUGAUGUUGUGAUCCACAGCAGGUUUCAGAUGAAAGCUGACUAAGGAUUUUUCUGCAGAAACAAAUCAAAAGCAGAUGCGGAUUUGGACCUUUCAGAAGACACCUCAUUUGCUGACUCACAGAAAACUGCUGCCCUUCAAGAUCCUGCCAUGUCCCUGAGAAUACCGAAGGCUCCUCGUUCUGAUGGAGACGGAUGAACCACUGCGACCAGGCGUGCUCGAUCUUAGAACACGCAGUGGGAGAUGGUUUUUGUUCUCCCUCAUUGUUGUCCCCAAGCUGGUUGACAUUAGUUACCCAAAGUCCCACUCUGCACCAGGGUCAACUCAUCUGACUUCCAGGUUGUGCUAUUAUCCAGGAAGGAAACAGCAAAAUAUGUAGCCCGAGGUUUAGACUGCUUUUCAGAAAGUGUAUUGAGAUAGCAAAUGUCCAAGAUUGGGGUGGGGGAGCAGUGUUGUUUUUACUUUUUUUUCCCCUUUAUACAAAAAACAAAACAAUUUCCAAAACUAAAAUGGAAAAUGUUUGUAGUAUUUAUUUUCUCUUUCUUUGUAAAAGGCUCAGAUAUCUAAUGGGUCCUUUCUUCCCCUCUAAUGAUAAACCUGUGAGAACUAAAUCUCCUAUGGGUUAUUGGGCAAGAUGAUAAGGAUAAUGGAAGGUACAAUCUUAAAAAAGCAUCUCUUUUAGUCAUUUUGGGGGAAAUGCUUUAAAGAGUGAGAAAACAUAAAUUGAGGAAGAGUGAUAAAGUAGUAACUUGUAGUGUAAUAAUAAUUAUCAUCACGAUAAUUAUUAUUGUAACAAUAGUAGAGCACUUGUAAGCACUAAGUUAUCUUCAUCCAACACUUCUCAAACAGACUGAAAGAAACUUUUCAAGUAGAGUGUGUUAUAACAAUCCCUUCCCCAGAGUGAGAGGGAGGUAUUGGCCCAAGAGAAGAAAGAUGUACCUUGCACUGUACGCCUUAUUCAAGAGCAACUUCUUUUGUCUAUUGAGGGAGUAACACUAAAUCCACAUGCAAAGGGUAAUGAUGUGUUUGUUACACAGCGUUUUCAAGCUAGAACAAGGGGAUUGAAAUAGGGGGAUGAGAUACUGGCAUCCAGAGCUCCUAAAUAGAUUUUAACCCCUUCUAUUAUCUUUAUUAAUACUGCUUUUUUAGACUGAAGUUUGAAAGGAGACAAAAGUGGAGGAAGAACCCAGACAAAAAGGUUGUGGAGCAAAGCUAUGAUAUGACGCUGCUCUUGCAGUCCAAAGGGCUACCUUGUUGAAUACGUUUCUUCUGUUAUUUAAACAUCUAGGACUCAGAAAUUACAUUAAAUUUUUGUAUGUUUCAACAAGGUUUUUAAUGUAUUUUGUAAUGUUUGUAUCAUACGGGAUAAAGCAAAUGUCAAGUUAAAAUGUAUUGUGUCAAGUUCGCAAAGUAAGGACUUAGACAUAAAUCUUCACUGAGAUGUACAGUUUUGUUUUCUUAGAUCCAAGGGUGUUGUGUAGGUAAUAUUUUUAUUUUUUGUAAAAUAUGUCAUGUUUAUUUACAUUCUUUGGUUAUGUUUAUUAAAAACAGCAUGAUUUUGCUGCGCCUGUAAUAUUUUGCUAUUAAAGUGUUUUUAAUAACUGUAAUUUAAAAGAAAUAUAACCAAUUAAUAUCAUAAAUAGCAAUGAAGAAUCCAUUCUGGUUAGACUAUGAGCUACAAAGGAUUGAAGGAUUCAGAGUUGA